CGCUACCUGAUGAAUCCCACACAAACUUCCUCUCACCCCCUCUCCCCUUUUUAUAUCUCCGACUCCCUCUGCUCACUUUGUACUUUCACAUAUAUCAAGUCCCCUUCUUCUUCUGCUGAUGCUCAGAAUACCUCCUUCAUAAAUAAAGUAAGAGAAGAAGGAGAAAAUGGUGCAGUCAAGGAAGUUCAGAGGAGUGAGGCAGCGCCAUUGGGGCUCCUGGGUGUCCGAGAUCCGCCACCCUUUACUGAAGAGAAGGGUCUGGCUCGGCACGUUCGAGACAGCUGAGGAGGCAGCCCGGGCCUACGACCAGGCGGCGAUCCUGAUGAGUGGCAGGAAUGCUAAGACCAACUUCCCCGUGACCCACACACCAUCUGGCGACCCGAAAAUCUCCGGCGACCACGACCCAGCUUCUUCUUCCUCUUCGUCCUCUUCCCGCUCCCUGUCCUCCCCAAAGGGCUUGUCCCUAUCGGAAAUCCUCCAUGCCAAGCUUCGCAAAUGCAGCAAAUCACCAUCGCCGUCCCUCACCUGCCUGCGCCUCGACACCGAGAAUUCCCACAUUGGAGUUUGGCAGAAGAGAGCCGGCCAGAAGUCUGACAGUACUGAUAAUUCCAACUGGGUCAUGACUGUCCACUUGGGCAACUCCAGCAGCAAGAAAGAUGGUGAUGUCGAUGGCGGGAAAUUGGACGACAAAUCUUCGGAGACCAAGAUUGAUGACCAAGAAAGAGAUGGGGAGAUGGAUGAAGAGCAAAGGAUUGCACUGCAAAUGAUCGAGGAGCUCCUCAACCGGAAUUGCCCUAGCCUUUGUCCCAGUCCCAGCAAUAGCCCUUGUCCUUUUGGGAUAACCACAGAGGGACUAGGACUAGGAGAGGCUAGCUUUUAUAAAUAACUCUUCUUCAAGACUUCAAAACAAGAGAGGGGAAAUUUAGAAUAUAUAUAUAUAUAUAUAUAUAUAUAUAUAUUUUUAAAAACCUUGCAUUUCGAAUUAGAAAUCAUUAUAGAGAACAAGGGUUCGAAGGGAAAAAAAAUCACUAGGACCGGCAUUGUCCCAUAUAAAACUUCUUAGCUGAUUGAGAAGGGGAUGUGCAACGUCCCGCAUGCCUUGUGUGUUCGCAUUUCUCUGUCGAAAUUUUAAAUCCUACAAAUAAAAGAGAAAAUCAUAAGCAUAUAGAAGUAACGGAGCUAGAGUACGUACGUGGUCCUGGUCCUGAUGCUUUCUCAAGGGAGUUAUUAUUUAUUUAAUAUAAUUGUUUCCUAAUAACAAGUAAUAUAUAUAAUUGAUAUAGUUCUUCCUAGCACAUAGAUAAAAAUAAUCAAGUUGUAUAGAGGUUUCUUCCAACUGAAUGAGUACCUCAUAAGUGUAAGAUAAUUAAUGU